AUGGAGAAGGUCAAAUUUCCUAGGAGGCUAUACUCACACGGAGAUGAGCCUAAGCCGGGUAAAAGCAUAUCAUAUUACAGCAACGACUCCCAGUUGUUUCCGGCUCUGAAAAGCGUUUUGAAAGAGGAUAAACGGGAAGAGCUAGUUGAUUCAAAGCUUGGUGUGUUCUUGAAGUUCCAUCUACUCAAAUUUGGGUGGGUGUCUAGGGUGGUCCAAUUCAUUCUUGGUUUUCAACUCGUGUGCAAGAAGAAGUACGAGAUAUGGAGCUUGAUUGGUGCAAGUCCUUUGAGGUUUUCACUGAAUGAAUUUGAACACCUCACUGGUCUAACCUGUGACUAUGUUGAGAACUUAGAGGAGCCUGAAGUCGGUGAUGAGGCCUCUGUUCUAAAGGAGAUGACAAGGUUCUGGGGACAACUGGGAGUUCCUUUGGAGACUGGUCCGAGUGUACAACAACUUACGGAAGCUUGUAAGUUUGCUGGAGAAUGGUCAAGGGAAGACAGGCUCCGGUUAGGAUAUUUAUCCAUCUACGCUGGGUUCAUUGAAGCACGGAAGAGGUGUUCACCCACACGUGUUAGCAUGGCAAAGCUAGUCGUUGAUCUAGAUAAAUUCGAGAAUUACCCAUGGGGGAGAGUGGCUUUCAAGAACCUCAUAACCUCUGUGAAAAGCGCUACUGAAACGAAAUCAAAUACGCUUGUGGGGUUUGCUGAGGUUCUUCAAGUUUGGGCAUAUUCUGCGAUGCCUGAAUUCGAUGUAGAAUACGGAAAUCCCUUGCCCAACAACCCAACUCCUCCGGUAGUUGCAUACAGCGGUUGCAGAGGACGGAAAUACAUCAAACUUGCUAUGCUGAGACAGACCAGUUUCAACUACUUCGAUGUCAGGGAAAUGGAAGAUAUGUUUCCAGUUUGGGAUGACGAGAUCGAAGAUGUCCUAGUUGAGAACAUUAUAAAGGCCAAGUUUGGAGAGUUUACUGAUGGGGUUAAUUGGAGGUGGAAGCCAAGUGACUGGCAGCUUAAAGGUGCGAAGGUUGGACUCCAGCCGACUGCAGCUGCUAAGUCUGGCAAGAAAAGGAGUGCUGAAUCAGACGGUGGAAGUCAGAAGAUGUCUUGCGAAGAGAGUCCUCAUUUCAUGGACGAGGAGGUUCUGACAAGUGUGACCACGCAAAUUAAGUUACAUUUUGAGAAAUGUAUCAAUACUUUAUCCCUAGAGAUGAAGUCUGGGCGGGAGGCGUGUAAUGAGAGCGUGAAAGUCUUGACUGGGAAGGUCGAAGCUGUACAGAACACUAUUGCCAAGAUGAAGGAGGGAAGGAAUGAGGAGCAGGUGAAGUCCAACGAUGCCCCUCCUAAAGAAGAUGCACCUCCUCCUCGGAAAAAACAACAAGCUCCCUGCGAGAGUGUGAAUGGCAAGGAAUGUAGUGUCAUCUUUGUUAAGACAGAGAAACAAACUGAAGCCGGUUUUAGACUCCAUCUAAAGAGGCAACAAUCUCGAGCUGCGGCUGCACAUAUAUUGGCACAAGCGAAAGUCGAAAGAAAACGGAGGUUAGCUUCAUCUCAGAUACAUCCUUUUAUAGGCAACAGUACCGCGAGAACAAUCAUUCCUAACCAGGACCAGAUCCCGCGAUAUGAUCCUAUGGAUCCAGUUGAUAAGAAUAAGCUAGCUGCCCUCAAAAGAUUCAUUAAACAAUUACCUGGAUACCCGUCUAGGGACCCCUUACGAUUCCCUCAACGAAACUGGUGGUGGCUCCUGCUAACUAAACCACAAUGGCUGGUGGAUACGCAUAUGGAUGCCGUGAUAAACAUGCUCAGAUUUCGUCAGUCAAAGCAUCCGGCGUGGUUCAGAAGUGAUCGACUAUACUUUGUAGAUACCAACAUCAGCCUUCUGUGGGGUUUGAAGUUUAUUGAAUUCGUAGAGUCUGAGCCGACCAAAGAUGGUUUAGGACGUCUUGUACCUGCUGGUGCAUCUGACUACUACUUCGGGGAGAAGCCCGCGUACUGCAGAACGGACAAGCACUGGAUUGUUGAUAUUGAUGACAUCUACCUGCCUUUGAAUAUCAGAAGUGCACAUUGGAUUGCUCUGUGGAUUUCGUUGCCUAGGAGGCACAUUACUAUAUGGGACAGUCUGCCUAGUUACAUUGAUGAUGAAGAACUGGCAUCAUUUGUGGAGCCUGUUGCUGUCAUUGUGCCCUAUCUACUUCUGCUUCAUGCAGACGUGAAUAAAAGAGAUAAGUUUCCUUUCGAUCGUUUUACUCACGAGCGGAUGAUAGGGCCUGGUUUCCCAAUCCAAGACAAUGAUGGUGAUUGUGGAAUCAAGGCAAUCAGGGAGAAGCUUGGGGCGGAUAUAUUUGAUGAGAUUAAGUGCCUUGGACCACCAAAUCGUGUCUGGUCGGAAUUGGGUCUCUACGACUCUUGA